AUGCUCAAAAAUCAGGACAAACUGGGUUUAACCGAUUUUUAUCCCAGUAACUAUUUAAAGGGGUUCUUAUUAUCGGGAGAAUAUGUAGGAUGCGAGAGCGCUUAUUUGGAAGUAUGCGGUAUUUAA